CGUUACUUUUUACUUGUCUUAUCAAGGUUAACAAAUUAUGAAGAAUAAUAUAAUUAGAAUUGGCUCAUGAACCACACAUAAUCUAAAUUUAUUGUACAAAUUGAUUUAAAGGCAGUGUUAGUAGUGCUGAGAAAAUUAAACAUGGAUGUUAAUACUUGGAAUAGUGUUCACCUCAGUGAACUGUUGUCUCAAACCAAAUGUGACGAGGAGAGAUUGUUUGAUCAUGACGUAUUAACAAGCCGAUUGAAAAGAACUUUGUGUUACGAUCCAUUAAAACGACCUGAUAUGGACACCCUUUCCUUUUCUGUCACAAAAUCUGCAGUGUCUUGUUUCCGUCAUGCAGCUCCAAUGCCCGUAGGAAAACUAGGACAUCGAUAUGCAUCUCGUGUAGCCAGAGAUGCUUGUAUAUCUCCAUGUGCUUUGCUCCUUGGAUUGAUAUACAUCGAAAGGCUGAAAAGCAGGAAUCCAAAUUAUCUGACACAAAUUUCAUCAUCUGAACUUUUUCUGAUAUCAAUGAUGGUAGCUUCAAAAUAUUUAUUCGAUGAGGGUUGUGAGGAUGAGGUGUUCAAUGAUGAGUGGGCUAUAUCUGGUGAAAUGGAAGUAGCCAAAGUAAAUAAACUGGAGAGAGAAUUUCUUGGAGCUAUCGAUUGGAAUUUGUAUGUCAAACCUCAUGAAUUUUCAUCAAUGCUGACCAUUGCAGAAACUGAUGUUGCACUAUCAAACGGCUGUGAACGUGGAUGGCUGACAUAUAGUGAUUUACGCUCUUUACUUGAUUGUCAUAGUAUAUAUAAACAAAUGACUCAAACUGCUGGAAUCUUGUCAAAGGCCACCUGUAUAUGCAUGAUAAUGUAUAGUGGACUGGUAUGUCUGGCUGCCUUCACUUCUGCUGCACUGGUCUCCGUUUCACAAAUGGCAUAUCAGGGGGUAGUGCCAAUGGAACCACAACCUCAAAAUCUUCCUCUCGAUACAUUCGGAACACAUAAUGAUACAGAUGAAGAACCUCUAGCAUUUAUGCAGGAACCAGAAGAAAAUCUGCUUGAUGCUGAGGAAUUUCCUGGAUUUUUUCCACAGUCCAGUGUUAUCUACACAAAUCAAUUAAGAAGCCGAAUGGAGGGUGACCAUGGUUCCAUUUUCCGAGGUCGUCCGCCAUCACCGCUGUCUCAGCCUGUACCAUUGCCUGUUGUUGAUUUUGAUGACACGCCUAGGACGACCCUCCAAUAUGGGAAUAUUUUCACCAAAUAUUCAACAAAAAGCUCACAUGAUCAAGAUGUUGACAAGCAGUAUGUUCCCAAAGUUCUACACUCAAAGAAAGCUAUCUGUACUAUUCUUGAAGCCUUUGUGUUUAUGACUAACGUUCCAAUGAUCUUCAAGGACUCUUCCAAACCUGUAUGCAGCAGUUGUGGCCGGCCGAUUAAUGAUGUGGCGUCUGAGUUGCCUGUUUGUAAGAGGUUUGAUACUACUUGCCCAGAUGUUAUCUCCAAUUUCUCCAAUCAUUUCAAUGCUGCCCUAGGUCUCAAGAUUCUGUCAUCACGCUAUUUACACCAUCAACCAGCUAAACACACAUAUCAAUCUGGAAAAAACUUCAAUCUCACUAUUCCUCCAUCUCCAAAUAUUACACCUGGCAUCACAAUUGUUGUUCAUUAAUGUUACUGUCUCAAAUUAAUUACCAUUACACUGAUUAGGUAGAAAGUACAGCCACCAAGUAGUAGUAAUGUAGCAAUAUACCGAUUUUGGCCAUUUUGACAAUUAGAAGAAAAAUAAACAUCGUUACUUCAGAAAUUAUUCAGGUAAAAAAUACUAUUAAGAGUUUGAGGAAACACUAAAUCUUGUUCUAUUUAUUGCUUCCAAUGGUAUUAGUUUUUUUCUUUAUUCUGAUGGUUGUGUAAUAUUAACCAGGGAAUAAUGAUAUUAUCAUUUGAUUGGCAUUUACCAUUUCAAAGGUAGCACUGGUAUGUUGUCAUUGCAGAUGCUGGGUGGUUUUGUUUUCUGCUUUUCAAGGAACUUGAAUGUAACUUUGAUUGGAUCAUGAUAGAAGUUAUUUUCACACCCUUGCAUUUCUUUGCCCAGUCAAUGUUGCAGUUUGUCAUAGUAAGAUAAGAUGAAGUAGGUUAGCGAUGCUUUUUAUUUUUCUCACUGCUAGUUCAGUAUUGUGCCUGAAUCUGUUUUAGAAUGAUUUGGAUAUUGAAUAAAUGAUAUUAUUUGGA